AUGUCCAAACCUUUCCCCUUCUACUUUCCUUGCGAAAGGGAAGUGCUCAUUAUCCCUUCUCUCCCUCGCCAAAGAGGCCAUAAGUCCACUCCCCUUCCGUCCAUUCCUCUGGCGAUGGGAGGUUGGGAACCCAGGAUCUUCAUUUACGGUUUGUUUCGCGACGUCAAUGAUGCCGUCAGUGAAAUAUCAUUCCCCACCUCCAUCUUUGCGGUGAUACUGCUGCCGGUGGAACAAGGUUCCCUCGGCUUCGUUCUACCUUGGCAACGAUGUCCUCGACAACGACAUCAAGCAACCUGUGAGGAUGGUUUGUCUCUACCCUUUUUGGGCAGUGUAUCUAGCUUGUCCGAUGCAAGUGACGACGCCACCGGUGGAAUGGGGGCCCCCCAACUCUGUUCCUACCUUGGUGACAACGUCCUCUCUUCUCUGGGGUGCUGGUUCUCCGGGUCCGGAGCCUUACGAGUUACGACUUCCCAACUGUUGGAUACAAGUUGUGGCCGGCUUUGGCAACCAAGGGGCGGCGGCGACGGUGUCCUAGAAGUAGAAGACACGGUGAACCGCAAAGGAAGCAUCGAUGCGCACACCUAUCUUUUUUUAUCUUCUUGUGGAGUGAUUUACUCCAAGAAGGUGGAAUACCUCUGCUAUGACAGCAAUCAGUUUUUUGAAUCAACUGUAAGAGGGAAGAAAGUUCUACAGCGAGGGAAGAAAGGUGCUUGUGCAAGAAGAUUGGUGCUAGACCAAGAAGACACUAGAAGAUCGAAAAGAGUUGCCGUCGUUCAAGUCCCAGAAUUGGACGAACCAGCUGAUCUUCCACCAAUCUUCACCGUACCCAAAAGAUUUGAGCUCGACUCUUUUGAUUUGCAGAUACCUGAAGACAGAGAGGAUGACAAUGAUGAUCAUCACCAAUUGCCUCGUCAAGAUACUUUGUUGGAAGAUGAACAUCAGCGUAUGCCAAAUUUAUACGAGGGGAUGCCAUAUGCUGAUCUGGACUCUGCUUACGUUGUGCCAGUAUGCAUCAUUCCAACUGAAAUGAUCGGUGUCACUGAUGAAGUCACUGAUCUUCUGUACUUGGGUAACAUAGGGGAUGAACUUGAAAAUGAAAGUCAGAAUCCUGAUCCUGCUUGCUUUACACCAGUGAAGGAUGUUCUUCCACCUGAGGCGAUGGAUAUGAUGGCUGAAGCAAGCGAGCUUCCAGAGAAAAGCAAAGAGGUGAAGAAAGCUAGAAGAGAAGUGAAUGGUGAAGAGAAUGGUGAUCCUGCUUGUUCUACCCCUUUGCCGGAGAAUCAAGAAAUGCAAAGACCUGUGAAUGCUGUGGAGAAUGUGGUGUGUGCAGAUCUAGAUGAAAAUCAUCCUGUAGUCGAAGAAUCAGAAAAUGGGUUAGCGGUAGGAAAACUGAACACAACACUAUCUAUAGAAAUUCCUGACAUCGAGGAACAAGAGUCUCUGGAACCUUCCACUCCAGAGCCCUUGCGAGAGGGAGCCUCAGAAAAAUUUGUGGUUGCAACACCUGCUCAAAAUGAGAAGCGCCAGGUUACCAGAAAAAGGAGGAGGGGGUUAUACAAUAAGAGAAAAGUUUGGGUGUUGUGGGAUGAGAAUGCUAUCCUUGAUAAUGAAACGAUGAGAGAAAUGGUAGACGGGGUUGGUGUAGAGGAUCUAGUCGUCAAAAGAAGGAAGGCGCCUCACACUCGCCAUCAGAUUUGGAGGGAGCCAAGAUUUCGUUCUCUGCAGGAUACUUUCAUGGAGCCAAUUCUUCCAUGUGAUAACAUUGAGCCAAUUAUGCAAUAUUCGACUACAGUGCGCCUUAAUUCUACUACAGCCGAUGCCUCAUGCGGGGAAUCCGUUAAAGCAAAGAAGUGUCUUUCAUAUGAACCUGCUGAAUCCAGCAAUCCCCACAAGGAAGCUGCAAAUGAAGAAACAGAAUGUGUCCCAAAUGAACUGACAAAUGGCAUCCAGACUCCUGUUGGGUGCUACAAUCAAAGUCAGCAAAGUCAAGAUGUUUGUGAAUGCAAUGCUGAUACACCCUAUGAAAAGAACAACACACUAGUCAAUGGAGAUGAAUCAGUGCUGCCAGAAGAGAGAUUGUAUGAAUCAACCAGUCACAGUGCAUUGCGCAAUGAAUCAUUGACUGCUGAUAUAGAUGCGGAUAUUCCUAUGGAUGAAGAGCAUGCUGCCAGAGAUGAAGAUUUCCCGCUUUCAACAAGAACUAGGGCAGUAGCAAAGUGCCUCCAUCAGCUAUUCUUGGACCAGAAGUGCCAGGAGCAAAGUAAUGUCCCCGUGACGCUCGGCCAAGCCCUCGAAGGCAGCAAGAGGAAAACCACAGCAAGAUUCUUCUAUGAAACUCUGAUCCUCAAGAGCCGCGGGUUGAUAGACGUGAAUCAGGAGAAGCCCUAUGAGAACAUCACAAUCUCUGCAACUCCACAGCUCGACGCGGUGCUGCAGAAUCCAGUGCCCGCUUCAACUUCUUAG